AUGUUUGUUUUUACUUUGGUGACAACCUCCUUGAUUAUGGUCCAAGCAAAAAAAUGUUUGAAUGAUUCACCACAAAUCACGCCCGAAUACCACCUUAUUAGAAAAUGCCAACGAUCACAGCUAAGUGUAGCCGCAAAAGCCAAUUACACAACGUUGUCCAGCUGCAAACAAUUUGGUCUUGAUAAGCGGGCUCUGUCUCUAAACUUCAGCCCUCGAAACACGAAUGGUAGAAGAUGGAAAACCUUGGAGUACACUUGUGAAGUUUUGCAGUGCGCUGAAACUGACAGUGGUUUAUCUCUAACAAAAGAUGUGAGAUACGACUACUACAGCAUAUAUGGAAAUCCUAUGCCUACCGUGAACUCGACUUGCGUCCCCACCACGGGCAUGUUCUACCUCGUUGCGCAGCGAAUGAAUUACACAGAAGCAGAAAAGCUGUGUCAGAACAAAAGCAGUGUACUAGCCGAAAUUUCCACUGAGCAGAGAACAGACACGCUGGCACAAUUGCUGGCUGAUGAAGGUGAAGAUUCCGCGUACGUAAGCCUCAAACGAAGUAACAGCAGCAAUUUCAUUACUUCAAACGGUGACUCAUUAGGGUGCACAUCGUAUCGCGCCUGGGCACCUGGCCAUCCCAAGCGAGGAGAAAAAUUCGAUUGUGUGGUUAUAACAAAACAUCGCACAUGGCGAACAGUUCCUUGUGAUGAAUCACUUGCAGCACUAUGCGAGCUGAAGCCGAGUGAACCUAAUAGGAAAAGAAAUCUAUUCCGAAAUGUAAAUAAUUAA